ACUCAAGCCAGCAAGACACAGCAGCAAUGGCAGCUGCCGAGGCAGCCUCCUCUCCCAAGGGCAAGUCCUUGGCCAGCGGCUCCUUCCGGCCGAGCCAGAAGAAGAACAAUGUCAUUGCCAAGAUCCAGGCGGUGGUGGAUCCGCAAAACAGGCACGGCAUGCAGCGGGUGCUUGCAGCUAUGACCUGGUUAGGGCUGACUCCGGAGGAUCUCGACGGUUCCAAAGACCAGAACGUGGAGGUCAGCUCCAAGGUUCCAGAUCCGAAGCAGGCGCAGAAGAUCAAGGAGGAGCGAGUGGAGGUCUGGGAGGGCUUGAGGAAGGCUCGACUGAUAGAAGUGGAGCGGCGGCUGCAAUUCAUGUCCGACGACGAUGCGCGGCGGGUCAUGCGGGCCAAGCCUGGCCAAGGCGUGCGCAUGGUCACCGAGGAAGAUCUUCCUCCGGUGGAGGCCUUGGAUGGCAUGCAAGCCUUCGAGGAGAUGCGGCAAAAAGCGUUCCAAAAGAUCCAGGAAGAGCAGCAGCGCAAAGCCGCCCUCUUGGCUUCCGGCUUCCUCAUGGAAAAGAAGAGGCUGGACGAGGCGGACCGCAAGAUUGCGGCCUUAGAGCAGCGCCUCAAGGAGUACAAGAAAGCACAGGCUGACGCAAUAGAGGCUCAAAAGAAGGAGAAUGCGAAAGCCCAGGAGAAAAGACAAGCCCAAGUGCAGAAGACAGCAAGAGACCGAGCGAAGUGGGAGGAUGAGACCUACGAAGAUCUCAUGUCAAGGAUCGACAAGGCGCGCUCCACGCGAGCCAAGAUGUACUCCAAGGAGGGCCUCAAAGAUACGCUCGAGCUUGGCGUACAGAGAAGGCAGAAAUGCUUUGAUCAGGCCUUGGAGCGCGAGCAAGCGCUGCUGGCGAGCAUCGAAGCUGCAAGCCAGACUGCGGAGGAACGGCUCCAGGUGCGGCGCCAGGAGAUCGAGGAGGAGUGCCGCCAGAAGGCCGAGCAGUCCCAGGCCAAGUUCCAGGAGCGACAGGUGAGAAUCUAUGCCCAGACGCAGGAUUGGGUUGACAGGAAGCUCGAGGACCACGCAAAGUUCAAGGCCCACUACAAGACCUGCAUCAAGGCAGGACAAGACCUGCAGAAGGCGAGGUCCAAGUCGGCGGGUGAGAUCACCAAGAAGGCGAUGGAGAAGUGGAGGGCGAACCACACCAAGAUCGAGGCCUCACGUGAGAAGAACAACUCAGACUUGCUGGAGCGACAAGAACAAGCACGGCAACGCACGGAGGAGAGAAUGGCGCUGAAACUGAAGUGCGCGAACGACAUCCACUCCUACAAGGAGGUGAAGUACAAGACCUGGGGCGAGCUGCAGAGGCGCCGGAUGCAAGAGAUCCAGCAAUCCCGCGAUGCGCAAACCCAAGCCCUGGUGAUCAAGAUCGCGGAGGGACAAGCGAAGGCUCGAGCUCAAGACGCUGGGCAGAUGGAGCUGAAGAACCAGCGGGCUCGCAUCGGCGCCGACACCUUGGCGCUGAAUGAUCGCGCCAAAGAGGGCUUCCUGAAAAUCAAGGCUGAGCCAGAUGAGAGGCGCAUCAUCAAAGUGAUGAGCGACCUUGGGUUCCGCAUGCCCAAGCUACCUGAUCAGGAGGAUGAGGAGGACGAGAAGAAGGCGUUCUAGGUGAUGAGCUCCUGAACUUUCACUCUGGAAGGGAGGGGCAACGGGUGCAGAGUUGGCUGUAUGUCAAAUGUUUGGAUCGAGGGUAAUUAAAGAGAAGCCGCA